AUUUCCAUGGAAAAGGAUGGAAGGAAGGAACCUAACCUUUCAUCUAAAUACAAUCUAUCUAUGAUUCAUUCAUUGAUUUCUAAUUAUGUACCAAUUAAUGAACAACUGAACUGAAUGCAUAUCACAGAUUUUGAUAAUAGUACAAGGAUUCAUUGAUUAGGUAAUUAAGCUGAGAACCGCUCUGCUGAUGUAACCGAUAGGGACUUCGUCAGAGCGCCAAACGGCAUGGAUCUUAACAAUAAUGAUUCCAUUUCUUCUUCAUUUCAUAUUGGAUUUAUGUUGUUCUCUCUCUCUCAACUAUACUUUUGAUUCUCUUCCACUGUUGUUCUCUCUCUCUCUCUCUCUCUCUCCCCCCGUGACUACUUGAAUGCAGAUUGCAUCAUUGAUUGGAUGGUAUCAUAAUCAGCCGACUUCAAUUACUCCUACUAUGUCUUCAUUAACAGCGACAGCAGCCGGAAUGGCGGUUUCAUUGACAGUUCGCGACUGUCAUCCUCGGUGUUUCAGGUACGAUUAUCUUCUUCGUUAUCGGACUGAGGAUAAGAAGACGAAGAAGAAUGAUUCUACCUUGAUUACAGCAAUAUGGAGACAGAAGAAGAGCUUACGUUUGUCUCCUAGGGCUAAUUCUUCUCUAGACUCCACAAAUCAUUCAUCCCGUUCUGAUCAUUAUCAGGAGGUUAUGAAGUUGGCUAGGCAAAAGUUUACACAGGAGAUAUCUUUUGAGUCUAUAGAAAGAGAUAUUUCUCUCGCGAAGGCGUUGCUGUAUAUUGCAGCUGAAGAUGAAUCAUUCAUGGCUUUCAAUCGAGAAAUGGAUGCUCAAUUCUUUCAUAACGAGAGGAAGGACGUGCACAUUCCAUCUGAAAUCCAAGAAUGGGAGAAUCUCGAGACAAUGCCAUUAUUAGGUGGAAGGAGGAUCAAUGAUUGUCUGACUGAGCUAGAUUCUAUCGCCAAAGAGGUUCAGGCUGAGCUAGUUUCGCGAGAAAUUGGUUGUCAUUUCGUCGAAGUAUUGGAAGCUGUGAAUUUAGUCCUUUUCGAGUCAAGGGGUUUUAAAAGGUCGCCCGUUCUUGUUGAUCCAAAGUACUCGUACUUGCACUCUGUUUUGAGCUCUGGAUGUGGAAGUGCAAUUAUACUUAGCAUAAUAUAUAUUGAGGUUUGUCGAAGACUUAAUCUGACUAUUGUGGGAUCUCGAGUUGGGGAAGAAUUUUUUAUUUGGCCCCAAAUGGGAAAUCCCGAGGAACUUUUCAAGGUAACUUCAGGGCACAGUCUGGUUGGUGUUGUUAAUGGAAGAUGUGUGGAUGACCCAAGAUCAAAGGCAUCAGAUUUAAAUAGCAGUUCGCUCUCCGGACUUGAAAUUGCCACAAACCGAGACAUUAUUGGGAUUGCUCUCGCAAAUUUAAUUAGACUUCACUGGAAACGGGCAUCGAGAAAGAACCAUGGACUGAUGCUAACAUCUCCACUUAGACCAAUUCAUGAGCAAAAGGAAACACACAAUACAAUAGACGGCCCAAAAGUUCCUUUGGUACGGCCUCAAGAUCUAAGGUUCAAGAUGCUAAUUUUGCAAGUUGGCAUGAGAUAAAGGGGAGAAUUAAUGCAACUAGUUUCUAUAGCAAUUAUAGUGCACUAACUUUAUGAUUCAUCUACAUCCCCAAGUAGUUUCAAUUUGGGGACCACACGUUCUUAUACAGACUUGUGGAGAUAAUAUUUAAGGAAAAAAAGGAACUUCUUUAAAUGUUGUUCAUUGAAAAACUCAACCAUGAAGUUAAAUUACUCGAUCAAUUAGGGACACUUGUUAGAUUUCUCAUCUGGAUGUGGAUCAAAAUGAGUUGAAACUGAACUUAGUCUUCUUCUCGGGUAACUCCACUUGAAGGGAAUGCAUCUAAAAAUAGUAAAUUUAUUUUACUUGAAUUGCAGAUUUAGUCUUAAGUAACAACUAGUCAUUAUCUUUCCUUUUAUUUCAAAUUGCAUAUAUUUUAGUACCUAUUGUUUUUAUCAGUAUGGGUAUGUCUUAAGAAGUAUUGAUAGCGUGGUCUAUAUCCAUUUUGCAAUAUUUCUAUCUAUUUACCUGUUCUUAAUGUUUGCAUUUACUAGUCCUUUUAAUGAGUACCCGUGGAAACUAUACAUGGU